UGGAUAUCACUUUAUUCAUUGCAAAUGCAAAUGUACCUUUCAUCAUCAAAUUGAUAUCUGUUUCCUCGAUCUUAAGGUAUAUCACCGUACUUUUCUCUUUUCCCGAUGGAAAUCUAUAAUACUAUGCAUGCAUGAUGGAUGGAACCUGGAGCCUACUUUGCCUACCAAUCGGGAUUUGCAAAAUUUGUAAAAUGCUUUUUUUUUCUAUCGUUUUUUCGUCGCUAGAUUCGACAGCAGAGGUACGGAGGACCGAAAAGAGGGAAACGCGACGCCAUCAGUGGAAAGUAGGUAGUCAUUCACCCUGAAAGAGCAUUAUACAGAUUGACGAAAGUGAUUUUUUAAAACGUGAAGAAGCGCCAUUCGACACGGGGCAUUUGUGUUGGCAUAUCAUUCAUGCGAGCUGCAUGCUGAAAUUCUUAACUAUCAACUCGUAGAGCGUGCAUCGAUUAGGGCGUGAACAUUAAACCCUGUGCGGAGAAUUAAUGGAAUCGUCCUUCUGACCGAAGGAGACAAGGAGAGAGAGAGAGAGAGAGAGAUUGCAGCAUCGGUGAAAUCGUAGCAUUUGGAAGCGACGCAGCUCAUUUGCGACUCGGUCUACCGUUGGGUGAGGGUCGUUCUGGGAUACCGUCUGGCGGAUUUCGGUGUAAGCGAUCGGAAGUUUUUGGCGGACUCUCACAUACGCCAAACUUCGUCAUCCAUCUCCGAGAGCAUUGGAUAUACUUGGACCACUACGAAAGGAGUUGCACAGAUCAAAAUGUUUAUCUGAGUGGAAUGACUCAUUCGCAAUCUCAUACUUCGGAAGAGUACAUGAUUAUUUUUCUAUCUAUUACGAAUGAUAUCAACAACUUGGAAAGCAGCUGAGUAAAUUAUGGAUUCUGACUAGAUCGACCCCAAUACUUCGCCGGAGUUUAUAAAGGGAAAGCCCCGUAUUUAUCUCAACUGACUAUGUUAAUUGCUGCGUUCGAGAUGACACAUUUCGAUUGAUAAUUGAUGUUAAUUUCAAUUUUUUUUGGAAAGCUCGACGUCUGGUUAAUUCGUACGAACUCAGUUGACCCUGCGGAGGAAACUGUCCAUCUUAUCUUACGGGAUAUAUUUUGUAAACACUAAAACUAAGCUUAGCAUUUCCUAAUAUCCACAAUUUUUUAGUCGGUAUCAAUUUCUCGAGUUUAGGAGCACAACUACCAAGGGAAAGUAGAACUCGUCGGUCGUGACGAUUAGGGUAAGCGGGGAAUAAACAUCGCCGACUUUCUUUUUCACGUUACGCUGCAAAUCCGAUGUCAACUGAUCGUCAACAACCUGGGAUUGUCCCGCUCCUCCCAUUAACGUAUUAACUCACUGUCGGAGAAUACGAGGUGUUUAUGCCUUUCCCACUCUCAGGAGCCUUGAUGAUGAUGAGCUAAUGCUGGAAUAAUGGACGGCCGGAUCAGCCCCACUUCCCUGUCUGAUUAAACAUUUAAAAAACGUGGAUCGCCUGACCCUGAAGGUGUCAUCCAAAUUCGAAGGACUAUUCGAUUGAGGUUCACUUGAUGGGUAGAUGUGUUGAUGAUUGCGAUUGCAUUUUCGAGAUCCGUUAACAUAUCCUGGGCGGUCUUUUCCGUCAAGGAGGAAUCAUUUGUGUCUUCGCGUCCCGGCGUCUGCGGUUGUCAUUGGAAAGCUAGCUCAUCAAUUGUUGAUGAAUUGCAAGGUGUCUAUUCUUUGGUGGUGAUCGUUCUGGUUAUCACGUACUCAUCGGUCUGUGCUUAAAUCUGUCAUCGCCGCGGAGGUGUGAAGGGACGUAAAGUACAGCUCGUGAUUUUGUUUUACAGCCAGACUUGAUGAACGUCGCUUUCAAAUCGUCGCGCAGAUUGGAACAUCGAAACACAUUCCUCUAACUUUCCAAUCUGGAAUCACAGUAAAGGAUAAGCAAGAAAGGAAGAGCAAGAUAGUGGAGAGUGACAAAGUAUUCUGUAAAGACGAAGAAGGAAUAUACUUGGAAUUUUUGAAUUAUUAAACUUUUACUAAGGAACAUUAACUCCAAAUGGAUUAACCCAUUCCGAUCGUCAUCAAAGUAAAGAGUUCAUUGAGGAUUCGCAUUACCACCAGCAUCACCAGAAGCACCAUGGCUACAAAUUCGGUGGCCCUUGAAACAUGGAAUUCCAGUGACCUGGAGCUUUAUGGGACUCUGUGGCCGUUGACGGAACUGCCAAACUCAACCAUAAGCGAUGACGUUACAAGUUACGUGGAGUACCACAUAACGAUCAUCGCACUCGCAUUGUACACGAUGGCGUUUCUUCUAAUCAUAUGCUGCAAUACACUAAACUUGUACAUCAUGAGGAAACCAUUGGAUUGCUUUAGUGACAACACGCGGUUCUUUCUGUGUGCUCUGGCCGUGGUGGACCUAUUGUCAGGUUUGAUCUGUUGCCCGACAGAAAUGGUCCUGUCCAUCUAUGGAAACUGGCCGCAUACGCACGCGACGUGUGACAUAGUAGCCAUCGUGUACACCAUGGUAUCCUGCCAGGCACUUCUGUGUCUGUGUUUAGUCAGUGUUGACCGGUAUUUGACAAUAAUGAAGCCUCUCCGUUACCCGACCAUUAUGACGCCGCAGAGGGCGCGCAUCGUGCUUGCCUGCGUGUUAUUGGUUGGUGCGCUGGCGUCACUGGUGAUACUGGUAGCGAGAGAUCUUCCAAGCCCCGAGGAAAACAUCAGACUGUGCGCGUUACUUUACUUAGACAGUACCGAUCCAGUCCGUCCCCUCAUCAUAAUCAUCGUCGUAUCUUUUGUCAUCCCCGCCAGCAUCCUACUAUUCGUAAACAUUCGCCUUAUGAUGAUUACAAUCCAAAAGACUCGCGAACUUGCCGACAUGUCCCCGACCGCUGUUCGGUACACGACGGACCGCCUCAAGGGCGUUCGGACCAUCCUCGUGCUGACUUCGGCUUUCUUCCUCACGUGGCUUCCGCUCACGUGUACGAUGGUGGCAGCGGUAAUAUUCAACGCGCGUAUUCCACCCGCAUGGGGGACUCUUGUAUCUUUCCCUGCAUUAUGUAACAGUUGGAUUAAUGCUUUCAUAUAUUUAUUCAUGUGCACGUCAUAUCGGCGCGCAAUCGUAAAGGAGGUGCGGAAAUGUUUCAAGCAGCGGCACGAAAAAUGGGUCACGAACGGAUCAUUGGCAGCAUCGGCCGCCUUACACUCAGAAGCCGUAUUAUAGGCAUGGACAAUAGUCGGUUCUUUAAAGCAGGGCUCUCACUUUAGCUGAGUUGGAGCCUCGAGUUGUGGCAAGCUGGCGCGAUCUUAUG